CAUUCGGUUAAUGCAUGACAUAAUUGAAAUUAACCAAAAUUUAGAAAGACAUUUUUGUCCAAAAUUUUAAAAACCAUUUUUAAAAUAGUAUUGAUAUUGAUAUUUGAUAUUUGAUAUUUGAUAUUUGAUGUUGAUAUUUAGCCUGAAUUAUAAUAUCCAAUCGAUACCUUCGUCGUCUUCAUUAUUUAUCCGCUUCACCACUGAUUGUUGGUUGCUUCGUCGGAUUAUUCAAACAUCUCCCCGGACUCGGUUUCGAGAAGUCCGAGCAGAGAAAUGGAUAAUGAAUUGAAGCCGAUGGAUGCUGAGCAACUCAGAGAACGUGCUCAUAAAAUGGUGGAUUUCAUUGCUGAUUAUUACAAAAACAUCGAGGAUUUCCCCGUGCUCAGCCAAGUAGAGCCCGGUUAUCUUCGAAAUCUUCUACCAGAAUCUGCACCUCAUAAUCCGGAAUCACUGCAAAGUGUUCUUGAUGAUGUCCAGAAAAAGAUUUUUCCGGGUGUAACACAUUGGCAGAGCCCCAACUACUUCGCUUAUUAUCCUUCUAACAGUAGCAUUGCUGGAUUUCUUGGGGAAAUGCUCAGUGCAGCUUUUAAUGUUAUUGGUUUUAGUUGGGUAACUUCUCCAGCUGCUACAGAACUUGAGAUGAUAGUUCUUGAUUGGCUUGCCAAAUUACUGAAGCUGCCUGAUGACUUUCUCUCGUCAGGAAAAGGCGGGGGAGUAAUACAGGGAACUGCCAGUGAAGCUGUUUUAGUCGUGCUACUGGCCGCCCGUGAUCGAGCUCUAAGAAGAUUUGGAAAAGAUUACCUUAAGAAACUAGUGGUUUAUGCAUCUGAUCAAACGCACUCUGCUUUACAAAAGGCAUGCCAGAUUGGAGGCAUUCAUCCUGAGAAUUGCAGAUGGUUGAAAGCAGAUAUUUCUACCAAUUAUGCUCUUUCUCCCAAUGUUCUUUCUGAAGAACUUUCACGUGAUACAGCCAGAGGAUUAAUUCCAUUUUUCUUAUGUGCUACAGUUGGCACUACAUCAUCAACAGCUGUAGAUCCUCUCCCUGAACUAGGAAGUAUUGCUAAGAGGCACGAAAUGUGGUUUCACGUUGAUGCUGCUUAUGCUGGAAGUGCAUGUGUAUGUCCUGAAUAUCGACAGUACAUUGACGGUGUUGAAGAAGCUGACUCAUUCAAUAUGAAUCUUCACAAGUGGUUCUUGACAAACUUCGAUUGUUCAGUACUGUGGGUCAAGGACAGACAUGCCUUGAUCCGGUCUCUUUCUACAAAUCCUGAGUACUUGAAGAACAAAGCCUCCGAAGCAGAACUGGUUGUGGAUUACAAAGAUUGGCAAAUUCCACUUGGGCGCCGUUUUAGAUCAUUGAAAGUCUGGUUGGUGUUGCGACUGUAUGGUACAGAAAACCUUCAAAAAUACAUAAGAAAUCAUAUCAGGUUGGCUGAACGUUUUGAAGCACUUGUACGUGAAGAUCCAAGGUUUGAGAUUGUUACACCAAGGAUUUUCUCUCUAGUAUGUUUUCGCCUUCUGCCAUCUCGCAAAAAUGAAGAUGGAGGUAACAGACUAAAUCAAAGCCUGUUAGAUGCUGUAAAUGCUAGCGGAAAUAUUUUCAUUUCUCACACGGUUUUAUCAGGAAAAUACAUACUUCGAUUUGCAGUAGGGGCGCCACUGACAGAGGAAAAGCAUAUUAAUUCUGCUUGGAAGUUAUUGCAAGAUGCGGCUUCCACUUUGCUUGCUAUUUGAGAACCCUUUUUGCAAAGAACUUGGUUGUAGAUAGAGGAAGCUUUACAAACCAAGAAAUCUGAAUUGAAUCAAAGGAAGUUGAAGAGUUGCAAUGUUUGGAACUUCAAAAUUUAUUUGAACACCCAAGAGUCAUAAUUUAGAUUCAUUCACAUUUUUAAGGGAUUAUGUAUUUAUUUUAAUGUUAUAUGUUUUCAUUUAUUAAAGUAGUUGAAAGAGUAUAAAAUAAAAUGGUGUGUCCUUUGAUUUAA